AUGAUUUUAUUCCAUAUUCUUUUUCAUCUCGCCUAUGGGAUUAUAAGUGACACUGACAUCAGCUUUAGUAAACCCUCUGCGAAAUCAUGAGCAUGAUUUGACUUUGAAGAAGGUGGCUGGAUUGCUCUGAAUCUCUCUAUUACAUCCAAUAGCACUGGCUCUCUAGGUAUCUAUCUCUGUGGACUUGGCGAUGUCAGCUCAAUUGCCAAGGAAUUUAAAUCGAAUUUCUGUAUAAAUAGCACCAAUGCUGGAAAUUAUUCUGACUGUGAUUAUAAUUUUACGUAUCCUUUUUAUGGGCCGGAUUACAAGAACAACACUGACUUUCUCAAUUAUUUAAGGAAAAUUAGAAUCAAUAGGUUUAGUCUUACAGAUGAAGACUGGGAAUACUAUUUGGAGCAGUUUAUAUAUGAUCAGACUAAAAGUGAUAGAAAUUUGAAAGGCCAAGAUGGUAGUGAUAUUUCAGCCAGAAUAGGCAAGUCAAAGUUGUAUUACUUUGUAGCCGCGAAUUGUGUAGAAGACAAAGUUGAUUUAAGCAUUGACUAUACAUUUAUGAACCCAGGUGGAGAGAAUUUAGCAGUUGGAUAUAUUGAGAUCAAAUAUGUUAUGAAUGGUGCACAAGUAGGUUGAUUAUCAAUUAUUGGUCUUUGAUUAUUAUCAUGAAUUCUUGUUACUCCCCCCCCCCCCCGUGAGCGAACAAAACCAUUAGAAAAAUCGCCAUUUUUUGACCAAAAACCCACCCUCCGUGAGUGAACAAAAAUUUUUUUAAUAGAAAAAAUUUUAAUGGAAAAAAAUUUUGAUAUAUAAGUGAUAAUUAGUAUAAUGAAAUCUAGAGCUAAUUCUGUUUAAUUUUAAACAAAUUGCGUUUUAAAACAUAAAUUUUGCAAAUUAAAUAAUAUAUUGCUUUCCCAAUUUUUGCAAAUUAGGAUUUUUUUUAAAUUUCGAAAAAAAUAUUUUUUUAAAAAUUUAUAUAUAAAUUUUUUUUAAAAAAAAAAAUUAACCCCCCUCCGUGAGCGAACAAAAUUUUUUUGUUCGCUCACGGAGGGGGGGGGGGGGAGUUAGGAAAAUCAAACUUUCAUUAAUCCAGAUUUACUUAAUACUCAACGCAAUGGUGUGAGCAGGAUUUUCCUGGAUUUUUAAGCUCUAUUGAGAAGAUUAUUCUGAUACAGGAAAAUCUGAUGAGGAAUUAAAAAACUGAAGCAUGUAUUUAUUUGCUGCUUCUGAAUGCUUUUUCUUUUGAAUUACCAUCUUCAUUUGUGCAGGAUCAGGGAUCACCAAGUCAUCAAUACAGUGCUGGGCAAUUGUAAAAGCGGUUUUUGUGAUUGGGUCUCUAUUUUACUGCAUGAGGCUUUAUGUAGAGGUAGGAGACGAUGGGUUGUUCUCGCUUUCUGGGAGCUAUGUUCUGAUUUUAGUUAUUUGUAUAUGAGAUACAACGAAAAACAGCAGGAAUUUAGCCAAACAAAUGCAAUUAAUUUCUGAAGCAGGAAUUGACCCUAUAAACACUCCGUUUUGAAUAAAGUAUAGAAUGUUUAGAUUUCUAAGGAUCACGUUGAUAAUCUUUUUGCUUGCCCUGAGCACUUGUUUGAUAAUAACUAUAUUUUACCUUGAAUACAAGCCUUGAGUAGCAAUUAGCACUCACCUCAGCAUUAUUUAUCAGUGCUAUUUGGUUUUUUUUCUAUUUUUCCAUUUUAGAAAGCGGGAACCGUUUUUUGAUCAAAUUGAAACUUUAAGUUUAGGCGAAAAUGGGCCUCUAGUAUCUUUAGAUGACAUUCUACAAGGAAUGUUUGACAGAAAUACAUUAUUUGCAUACUCAGAAGGCAUGAUGCUUGUAAUUAAUAUAUAGCCAUAUGAAAAAGAGAGGUUUCUUCCUAUAGUUGCUGAAGUCGCAGUGAUAGAACAGCCAGGAGAAAUCCCAAGCUUAACUUUGGGUAUCCCAAUUCGCAUCUACAAUUCAGAAGAAAAAGACAACGAAAAUGAUGAAAAAGGCCUUCCUUACAAAAUUGAAGACAGCUGCAUAUCUUUAGAGGAUGUAAAAGUUGAAAUAUCAUACUAA